AUGAUGAUCCUCACUCGUUGUGACCACUCAUAUGGGUGGGGAAAUACCAUACCUAUACUAGAAUCAGAGAACUGUGCCCGUACAAAACUUGCCAAUGGCACUUCCAGUAUGAUUGUGCCCAAACAAAGAAAACUGUCUGCAAGCUAUGAGAAGGAGAAAGAACUCUGCGUCAAGUAUUUUGAACAGUGGUCCGAGUCUGACCAGGUGGAGUUUGUGGAGCACCUCAUCUCCCAGAUGUGUCACUACCAGCAUGGACAUAUAAACUCAUACCUCAAACCCAUGUUACAGCGGGACUUCAUCACUGCACUGCCAGCUCGGGGAUUGGAUCACAUUGCUGAGAACAUUCUGUCAUACCUGGAUGCCAGAUCGUUGUGUGCUGCUGAGCUGGUGUGCAAGGAGUGGUACCGGGUGACGUCGGAUGGCAUGCUGUGGAAGAAGCUCAUCGAGAGAAUGGUCAGGACAGACUCCCUGUGGAGGGGGUUGUCAGAGAGGAGAGGAUGGGGACAAUAUCUAUUUAAAAAUAAACCUCCUGAUGGGACUGCACCACCCAACUCCUUCUACAGAGCACUUUACCCCAAAAUUAUACAGGACAUAGAGACAAUAGAGUCUAACUGGCGGUGUGGAAGGCACAGUUUACAGAGGAUCCACUGCCGAAGUGAGACAAGCAAAGGGGUUUAUUGUUUACAGUAUGAUGAUCAGAAGAUAGUAAGUGGCCUACGAGACAAUACUAUUAAGAUCUGGGAUAAGAAUACAUUAGAAUGCAAGCGAAUUCUCACCGGCCACACGGGUUCUGUCCUGUGCCUCCAGUACGAUGAACGGGUGAUCAUUACUGGAUCUUCGGACUCAACAGUCAGGGUGUGGGACGUGAAUGCAGGCGAGAUGCUGAAUACACUGAUUCACCACUGCGAAGCAGUACUGCACCUCCGCUUCAAUAACGGCAUGAUGGUGACGUGUUCCAAAGACCGUUCCAUUGCUGUGUGGGACAUGGCUUCACCAACAGACAUCACCCUGAGGAGGGUGCUAGUAGGGCACCGAGCUGCUGUCAACGUAGUGGACUUUGAUGACAAGUACAUUGUAUCAGCAUCAGGUGACAGAACUAUAAAGGUAUGGAACACUAGUACCUGCGAAUUUGUGCGCACCUUAAAUGGCCACAAACGAGGCAUUGCAUGUCUGCAGUACAGAGACAGGCUAGUAGUGAGCGGCUCUUCAGAUAAUACUAUCAGGCUGUGGGAUAUUGAGUGUGGGGCAUGUUUACGAGUACUGGAAGGCCAUGAAGAGUUGGUGAGAUGCAUACGCUUUGAUAACAAGAGGAUAGUCAGCGGGGCAUAUGAUGGGAAAAUUAAAGUAUGGGAUCUUGUGGCUGCUUUGGAUCCCCGUGCUCCAGCAGGGACCCUCUGCUUGCGAACCCUUGUGGAGCAUUCUGGAAGAGUCUUUCGACUUCAGUUUGAUGAGUUCCAGAUCGUCAGCAGCUCACAUGAUGACACCAUCCUCAUCUGGGAUUUUCUGAAUGACCCAGCUGCACAAGCAGAAUCCACUCGUUCCCCAUCCAGAACGUACACCUACAUCUCAAGAUAAAUAACACUACACUGUACCUCACACUCGCACAGGACUCAUGUAAGCUGCAGUAUUUAAAUUAUCUGCCAAUGCCAGGACAAAAGAACUAUCCACGUAACCAAUACUUGCUGAAGAGAGAGGCUCUCAGACUUGUUUCUGGAACAAAGUUGGCAUGCGGUUGAUCUCAGACAGGGUCUACUCAGCGCGGCUGACUGCUAAAGUGCUGCUAUAUCAGAAGAUGACUUUUAUCUUUCAUGAACAGUUAACAUUUUUAAACUUUCCC